CAGCGUAAACUUCAAAACUUGCCAGAAGAACUUCCUCAGAGAAACCAAAAUAGAGUGGCAGAAAAAUGGCGGCAGAGUCAUCCUCGGCAGCGGCGAUGGUGGAGGAGCUGACUCUAACCGUGAAGUGGAGCGGCAAGGAGUACACUGUCCGUGUCUGCGGGGACGAUUCGGUGGCCGAGUUGAAGCGACGGAUUUGCGAAGUCACCAAUGUACUGCCCAAAAGACAGAAGCUCUUGUACCCUAAAAUCGGCAACAAGCUCGCCGAUGAUACCGUUAUCCUCUCCCAGCUCCCCCUCAAGUCUUCGCUCAAGAUGACGAUGAUUGGGACUGUGGAGGAUGACAUAAUUGUUGACCCAGUGGAUGACCCGGAGAUUGUUGACGAUUUUGAGCUUGGGCAAGAUGAAGCUGUCGAAAUUAAGGACAAGGAAGUUAACAAGAUGAAGUUGAAGAGGCGUAUAGAUCAAUACAAGGUAAAGCUCUCAACUUUUUUAUGUCGCUCGAUCUACAGUAGCGGAAUGAGCUAUUGAAGGACUACAUUUUUUUCUCUUCUAGAAUCUAGAUUGAGGUUUAUUAGCUCACUUGAGUUGAGGUGACAUUCUGUGUAAAUUACGCCAAGUUCCUGGUAUGGUGUCAUCGGGGUAUCGUUUUCCCUUGAAAUGUAGCUGCUGGUUUGAGCACAAUUCUUGCUAUUUCAAACUGCAGCCUCUCUUGGAAGAAACCACCGAUUUAGUUUGGGAACUUUAACAUGUGCUUCGCAUCCGUUCAGGAUGUUACAGAGUUAUGCAAAUUUACUGAUGCUUCUUGAUCUGUUGUCUGAUUUCAUGCCAUUUAGAGCUUAUUAACGAAAUUGGCUCUAUUUUUUGUUGCGCUCUAGAUCAAGCUCCGUAAUCCGUGUCGUGUGGGAAAGAAGUUGCUCGUGCUGGAUAUUGAUUACACCCUUUUUGAUCAUCGAUCAACAGCGGAGAACCCUAUGCAACUAAUGCGCCCUUAUCUUCAUGAAUUCCUUACAGCAGCUUAUACAGAAUAUGAUAUAAUGAUAUGGUCCGCAACUAGGUUUGAUAUCUUUCCCUACAUUCCAGUUCUAACCUAUUAUGGUGAUUCCUUGUCAUAUCAAUCAUUUUUCUUUGCCAAUGCUAUAUAGCAAACCCCGCGUAUUUUGCGAUCUUAGUUCCUUAAUUUAUACUUGCUUCUAGUGGUGUGAACAUGGUAAUUCUUAUUAAUUCCCUAUUCAGUCUUCAAGACAACAUAUAAGGAACUUCAACUACAGAAUUCAGUCUAGUGCUGAUCAAUAUGGACAAUUUCUUUCUUGCAUGAUCAGGGUGCAAAUUCCCUUCCUAUAAACUUAAUUAUGUGUUUUUGUGCAGCAUGAAGUGGGUUGAACUGAAGAUGGGAGAGCUUGGAGUACUAAGUAACCCCAAUUAUAAAAUUACUGCUCUCCUGGACCAUUUAGCAAUGAUUACAGUGCAAACUGAUGCUCGUGGGAUCUUUGACUGCAAGCCGCUUGGAUUAAUAUGGGCUCAUUUCCCCGAGUUUUACAGUAAGAAGAACACCAUCAUGUUCGAUGAUCUAAGACGUAAUUUUGUUAUGAACCCGCAAAAUGGGUUGACAAUUAAGCCCUUCAGGAAGGCUCAUGCCAACCGAGAUAGUGACCAAGAGCUCGUGAAGCUAACAGAGUACCUUCUUGCUAUAGCUGAACUAGAUGAUAUAAGCACCCUGGAUCAUUCCAAAUGGAAGUACUAUGCAGAGGAUGGCUCGAAAAGGCGUAGACAUGCAUAAGUUGCACUAAUGGACUCCAGAGAUGCUUUUGUGCCGCUUCAGGUCCAGCGCUCUCCUGAGGUUAUGUGCUUUUGCUCAAUGCGCCGCACUCACAAGGAUCACUCCAAAUGGAACUACUGUUUUUGCUCCACUCCAGCAACUAUGGCGAUAACUAUGUGUACCUUCAUCAUCUCAACCAUUCAGGGCUGGGACGGUUUUGAUCCGAUGGAUCCUCAGGCCAACAUAACAAUCAAAUGGGAUCUUCUGCUAUCAACGGGUAGCUCUGAUACGGUGAAAGUAACAAUACUAAACUUCCAAAAGUACAGACACAUAGAAGCACCAGGGUGGAAGCUAGGGUGGGACUGGAAGGGCAAGGAGGCCAUAAGUGCCAUAUUUGGAGCUGAAGCAACACAGCAAGGUGACUGCUCCAGAUUCAAGGGUCAAGAACUCCCACAUUGUUGCGAUAAGCACCCGGUCAUCAUCGAUCUCUUGCCCGGAGCUCCGUACAAUACACAGUUCCAGAACUGCUGCAAAGGAGGAGUCCUGUCGUCCAUGACACAGGACACUUCCAAGUAUGGAGCAUCUUUCCAGAUUUCCACUAUAGGGAGCACUGCUUCCAACUACUCCGAUUUCGUAAUGGUUGAGAAUUUCACCCUUGGAUUGCCUGGCUACACUUGUGGGCAGCCUUUCGAGGUCCGACCCACCAAGAUCCCUGUUGAUGGUGGCCGCAGAUGGACUCAAGUUCUCAGGACAUGGAAUGCGGUGUGUGGUUACUCCUCGUUCUUAUCAUCACCAUCUCCAAAAUGCUGUGUUUCGAUGUCAGCUUUCUAUGAUAGCAGAAUUGUUGAUUGCCCUCAAUGCAGCUGUGCAUGCCAAGGACAGCCAGGCUCCAAAUGCGUCCAGAUGAAGGAGACACCACCUCUGCUGCAGCAAAAGCACGAUCCAAACGAGGAGCCUCCUCCAUUGGUGAGAUGCACAGACCACAUGUGCCCCAUACAGAUUCAUUGGCAUGUAAAGGAGAGUUACAGACAGUAUUGGAGAGUGAAGAUGACCAUCAGAAACUGGAACAUUAUCAAGAACUACUCCCAGUGGAACAUGGUUGUCUUGCACCCUAACUUGAAGAACAUAACUACGGUUUUCAGCUUCAGCUAUGCGUCACUCAAUGACUUUCGCACCACCAACGAUAGCGGGAUGUUUUGGGGGAUCAAGUACUAUAACGACAUGCUUCUACAAUCUGGGAAUGGUGGGAAUGUUCAAAGCGAGAUGCUGCUGGCAAAAGAGCCAGGGUUUAGUUUCGGUGGAGGAUGGGCUUUCCCAAGAAGGAUUAUGUUCAACGGAGAUGAAUGUGUAAUGCCACAGCCAGAUGAUUAUCCCAGGCUCCCUAAUGCUUCUCCUCUUCCCUUUGUAUAUCCAUUCCCUCUGUCGCUCGUCUUCUCCACUUUUCUCUUCCUUUUGUUCUUCUGCUAGUUCUUUUGUAACGGAGGAUGGAAUGGAAACUAUCCUCAGCAACGGCCUAGUUGUCUCCUUGCCUAUGUGCAGGAACCUUCAUUUCAAGCUAAUCCUUAGGUGAGCUGUAUAUUAACAAACUAUAAACCAACCUAAGAACUGCUCCAUAAACUCUAGAACCUCUGCAGUAG